AUGUUUUUAGUGAAUACGAUUAAGGGAAUCUUUCAUUACGAAGAGGAUGGAAACAAUGACGCAGCAGCGGAAAAGGCAAAGAAAAACAAAAGGGUUCAUAUUAGUGAGCUGAAGGACGAAGUCUGGUUAUACAAAAAUGAGGCGAAGCCGCGCCUAAGUGAAGACUAUGCCAGUGAAUACGAAGAUGGGAGCUUUUAUGAUGAAGAAGGUGGAAGAAAGCCAAAGGAUCAUUUUUUAGAGGUGCCGCUAUUCGAUGAAGAUGAAAGUGGACGGAGUAUCCAAAAGAAUUUGAGGUACCUGCCGAGCAGGAAAACAAAAGCAAUAAAAAAAAGCGAAGAGUCAGAAGUUAGCGAAGAAAGUCUAAGCACCACCGACGAGGAAGAGGAGAUGGAGGAGCCUUUUCUCGACCUAUAUGAGGAAUUAAAGAGAGAACAAAGCAUAAAGGAGUUCUACAACCCGAUGCUGCGGCCCAGACUGUGGCGCUUCGAAUUUUUUAUAAAAUAUAUACAUAACCUGGAAAAUCAGUUACAUAGAAAUUUUUACUUAGUGUCCUUCGGGAACAUAAAGAAGUUGAAGCUCUACGGAGACCUGAAAAAGGAGGUGCUGUACACGCCUGGGUACUCCAUAGAACCGGGGGAGAUCAAACACUUGAAGGUUCCACUGCCCAUCUGGGCGGAAAAGGAGUUGAGCAUAUCCUAUGAGGAUUUGCAGAACUUUGAAGUGGCCAUCGAAAUGUGGUGCAUAAAGGGGUUUACAUUCAAUGAGCUGUACGCAUCGUCCAAGAAAACGCUAAAGGAGGUCAUUGAAAACGACCCCGACACGAACGUUAUCCUGAAGCGGAGGAUUGAGAAAAGGAACAUCACUUUUGAGACCCAACGUUUGGGGAUGUACAUGCAGCUGUCUGAAAUUUUCGAGUUCCACAUGGCCCUGGACAGUUGGUGGUUCAUAGCAAAUUCAGAAAUGCCCAGUUAUUUAAAAACCCUGCCCAAAUUUUUGCGGUUCAAAUUUCCCCUAAGCGAGGACGACUGGGUCAUUCACAGCUCGCACAAGUCACAGAACAACUUUUGGCUGUACCCAGGAUAUUUCUGUUUCAUUGGUACUUACCAUCAGUUGGCCAACGCCUUUUUCAUCCUUACGGUGCUGUCCCACAACACUAGCCACAGAUACAAGCCACCCAUCCUGCUUGGGUCCUGCAUCAUAUCUUUAAAGUCUGUGACGGAGCACCCGUUUUUCAAAGGAACUGUGAAGAAGCUGACACUAGACAAGACGAAAUUCAGGCAGGGGGAAAUUGUGGGGAACAUAAAGUGCUUUGUGAACAGCUACGGGAUAGAGGAAGGGGACAUUCCUGUGCAGAGGCCCGUGCAGCCGCUAAGUCACGCCACUCUGGUGAACCAGCUCCUUUUGAACCAACACUACUUGGUGAUCAGAGUAAUAAAAUGCGAAAAUCUAGCUAUCAGCAGCAUCGACUUGAAUAAUGUGAAUAUAAACGUGUGGGUGAAGUGGGACGGCAUAGUGAACAAGACGGAUACCGUGUGGAAGAGCACUUCUCCUUUUUUUUACCAAAACCUGUAUUUCCCCAUUCGGCUAGUUGAUAAAAAAGAGCUAACCCAUGAGAGUCUCAUAAGGAAUGUGUUGCCAGUGGACUUGAUUUCCAAAGGGGAAAUAUGUUUCGAGGUCCAUAACAACAAUGAAAUACAUUCUACCAUUUUGGGUAUUUUCGAGCUUCCCUUCGCGGACAUUUUUAAUUAUGGCACGGAGGAUUACCGGUCCCUGGCUCAGGAAACUUCCCAAAGCAGCUCCCCCUACAACGAUUACAAGGACAACUACGACGCAGCGAAUGAGGGGAUGGGUCUUUCGAGCGACAACUAUGACGACUACUACGUGAGGAAGUAUAAAACUGUGGUGUAUAAGAACACCUUAGAGCUGAUGUACUCCACGCUCCACUUAAAAGCGUUGAACAUGGAGAGCAUACAGACGAAGAAGGAGUCGACAAUUUCGGUGGAGGCAUUUGUUAUCCCCCCAUUGCCCAAUGGAUUGGUCUUUGUGGAAAAGGAACAAAUGCAGAACUCUUCGAUGAUAUACAAGUCUAUGUCAAAGAGGUGGGAACGGGACUUUUCCAAGUUCAAGGAUACCUACAUCCAGUGGUUCCCCCGGGCGGAUAAAAAUAGGAGUUUCCCCUGUGUGAGCAGAAACGAGUUUGACAGCAACCAUUAUCCCCUGUGUAGCUUCGUGACUUCGAUUAAUUUGCCCGCCCAAGUGUCCACUCCUGGCCCCCUGUUCCACUGGCUGAACAACAUUGAGUACAUCGAGAACGAAGACGAGUCGUCGAUCUUCACCCCCCCGUAUUUUUUUCUGUCCUACAAGAAGGGGACGAUACAGGAUCACGUCCUGUUACUGUGCUGCUGUCUCAAGGGCCUGGAGUACGACGCGUACGUGUGUAAAGGCACAAUAAACAACGGGAAGAAAAACCACUACUGGGUGAUGACGAGGCACGAAGAAGGAUGGGUAUGCUUCUGGGAAGUGACGAACAAGUGCAUUAUCCACCUGAAGAAGAGAUGGAACAACAACAAUUCUUCAAGGGACUCAGAAGUGAGCAUGCAGAAGGAAAUUAUGAGCAACGUGGUGGAGAAUAGCGACAGGGAAAAGUAUUACACUGGGGAAUAUUUAAUGAGCUUUGUCAGAUAUGGGCUGGAAGAAUUAAAAAAGAGGGAGACGCAAAUUAAGGAAGAAUACGACAUGAAGGAAGAAAACAAAUUGUACACUAUGGACUUGUAUGGAGAGAAUCACAUGAAGGAUGAGCAAGUAGACGUACGUGAAGUUCUUUAUAACGAUGAGGAACUCUUCAAUAAUAUGUUCGAAGUAAAAUUUGAAAAGCAUGAGACAUACAGUUCUAGUAAGGCGUUAAAAUAUUUGUUGGAGAAUUUUUCUAAAAGUAUCCCCAUAGCUCCAAAGAUGUUUUUGCUGGACUAUGAUAAGACUUUAGCUUACGUGCCAUACUCUUCGAUCGAGGUGGUUUUUAAUGACGAGCAGUUGUAUGGGAACAUGCAGAACCACCACCCCGCGUGCAUUUUGUACGACUUGGAGAACAACUACCACUGGCGUCCCCUUUUGAAUCACUCGCCCGUGCCGAUCAAGAGUGAAAUUACCAUAUCGACUCCGUUGAGCGACAGGCUUUCCGAGAAGUACACGAAGGACUUGGAGGAGGAGAUUCAGGAGAUGAUACGCUUCAUGAGGACCAAGGAGGGACUGGAUACUUCCUUUGAGAAUUCCAAGGAGAUUAGACAUUUCCUAGAAAUGUAUAUUGACCUGUGUGAAUAUAAGCUCAACCUUGAUAAUAAUUAUAAUACGAAGCCAGAAAAUUAUGACCGUAAAGGGGGGGAUAACGCUAAGGGGGGUCAAGGAACAGCAGUUGGGCAAGGGGGGUGUGCAUCCCCCCAAACAGGUAUAGGAUCAGUCGAGAAGGGAGGACAAAAUGAAGCAGACAACACGCAAUUGAGAAAAACGUGGUCUCAAUACAAAAACGAUUAUUACCCCAACAUUGAAGCACAGUACGUUAAUAAAGAUAAUUUUAAUUUUUAUCAGACGUAUCACCCAAGUGAACAAAUUAAUAUGAUAAACCAGGAGCAGAAGAAGCACCUCGUAAAUAUCCCAGGGGAUUACAUAUACGGGAUGAAUGAUGAGGUGUACAAUAAUGGCAAGGAGCAGUACAUAAGGAACUACGUUUUUUGUAAGGACAAUGCGGAUAUCCUAAGGAACUAUGAUGAUAGUGUGAAGAGGAAGAAUAUAAAACGGUUCAGCAAUGCACCUGUGCAUUACCAUGAGAGGGUGGGUCACGUGGAGGGCGAGUGCAGUGAUGGUAACGAUGAAGCUAGGGGGGAAAAUGCUCAAGUGGGUGGAGGUAGCAUCCACAAGAAAGGGGACCCAUCAAGUGAACAACAUGAGGACGAGGAGUUGUACAAAGAAAAGUAUUAUCACUACGAUGAGGAAGAAGCGGAAGAGGAAGACAAAGAGAAGGACUCGGAACGGCGGCAUCGCCGCUCCAUUGACCGAGAAGGGGUGCCAAAUAAGUAUAUUAAGAAGUACAACAAAAAGUAUGAUAGCCUGCUGAAGCUUCAGAAGAGUUUGAAGAAGAAGGAGAAACAGAUGAGGGAAGAAAUGAUGGAUGUUAAGUUGGAGGGGAAAUACUGCCACAGUGGUCGAUUAGGUACACAGUCCUUCUUCAGCUAUGUAGACACACAAGCAUUUUUGAAGCGCACCUUGGGGGAAAAAACACGUACAAAGGGGGUUAAUAAGUCAGUGCAUGAUGAGAGGUGCGUUAAAUGUGAUCAUCUGUUUAAUGGUUACCUGAUUAUCCCCUCGAAGGGGGAGCAUUCAGGAAACGGCACUUAUGAUAAUUGCAAGGGUAAAGUGACACAGCGGGGUAGAAGCGGUGACAGAGUGGGUCGAGGGUACCGCCUCAAGAAUCCCUGCACCAAGCGUAGAAACAUCGUCCUGAGGAAGUCACACCACAGUGGGAACAAGUUACGUGAAUUAGUCGCCAAGUGUAAAAAACGAUAUUAUAUAAGGAAGAUGGAAAGGAACAUGCUUAAGUUGAAAGUGGCUUUGUUAAAGCGUACGAUUAGGGGGGAAAGAAGGAGCCACUCACAAUUUGAGAGGAACCCAUUCGUUAUUGAGAACAAGGGGGAAGACAGAAAAAAAAGUUCCCCUUCGUUACCUGAUAGAGAAGUGACGGGCGCGUUGCAAAGGGGGAGGCUUUUCCUUUGCCAGAGCUAUCAUCAGAUGUACGCGGACCAGAAAUUCCUCGACAUGGGCAGCAACCCGAUGGGGGGUUACCAGCAGACAAUGGCACAGGAGAAGGUCGCAGAUAGCUACUCAGGAAACGCGUUUGUGCAAAACUAUUACGCGGAUAAUAACCCAAAUGAUAUGUUACGUGGGAACAACAUCCAGGGAAACUUCUAUGCACAUGUGCAGGGAAAUAAUAGAAAUGAAGGACUGGGAGGUAAUGUGAAGGCUCAAGCUGAUGGGCAACAUCUGAAGGGACCAACUGAAUCAAAGGAAAAAGCCUCCACAGCGAUCCCGCCAAAAACGUGGAGCAGAUUAGACCCCACGUCAAAGUAUGCUGCUCAUCAGAUUUCACAGUGGAACUGGUAUUACUCAUUGGAGGAGCAGUACUUUAACUGGCAGUACUACAAAUUCCCCGUGCCGCCGAACCACACGUUUGUUGGGUUCCCGAUUCAUUUUUCGACCAUCGAUUUCUACGAAGUCAAGUCAUUCUUGCUUCACUCCAAACGAUUCGAGAACAUAAUGAAGCUGUCCAUAGACAACAUCUCCUUCCUCAUAUAUUGUAAAGUGUUCCCCUUAAUUGGAGGGAUUAUGUCGAACUGGAUGUUCCUUGGCUGUUUGGUACCCUGGAUGACUGCACAAGAGAGGGAAACUAAAAUGAACAAGCCCCCGAAGAAGGACGUCAACCAGAGGUAG